GAGCCGAGUUCAGACGAGGAAGACGAGGAUGUGAACAGCGAGGAAACGGAGAGCGUUGAUGAAGAGGAGGCCAAACUGAGGCUCCAGUCGCUGAGUAACACCAAGGUCUGUGCAGGUCCAGUGAAGGAGGGUCAGGGUCUGAUGGAGGUCAAACAGCUGGUGGAGCAGAAGAGGGCGGUGGAGAGGGAGCUGACGGAGCUGAAGGCUCAGCUGGAGAAGAGCGGCUUCUCCUCGCUCUCACAGAUGAGGAAAGCUCUGCUCAGCCUCCAGGCAGAGAACCAAGACUUAAAUCAUCGGCUGCAGGCGGACGGUCAACACGACCAGGAGGAGGAGGAGGAGGAGGAGGAGGAGCUGGAUGUGACCAUAGGAGAGGAGGAGGAAGAGGAGGGCUCAGAGACGUGGGAAGCCUGGGACAGUGAGUUGUCUCUGUCUCAAACUGACGUCCAGACCAGGGAUGAGCUGAGGACGGACGGAGACUCUGGAUCAAAUCCUCCGCACCAACUCAGCUCCUUCUCUCAGGCAGAUGAGCUGCGUCCCAGCAUGCACCUGGGCGGUGCUGCAGCCUCUGAGAGGACGGAGCGGACGGUUCUCCUGCAGCAGAGGAGCAAAGAGCUGAGGGAGCGGCUGAUGGUGUCUGAGGCGACGGUGCAGGCUCAGGCCGAGCAGCUCAAAGACUUCAGGGAGCUGCUGACGGAGACGACGGUGCAGCAGGACAGUAAACAGAUCCAGGUGGACCUGCAGGAUCUGGGCUACGAGACGUGCGGCCGCAGCGAGAACGAGGCCGAGAGAGAAGACACCAGCAGCCCCGAGUUCGAUGACCUGGAGAUGUGCACGUCUCUGGACUGUGGCUCCCAGUGGUGGCCCGCCGGCAGCAACGGCUCCACCUUCACCAAGACCACCACCCAGAGCUCCGGCUACGGAGACGAGGUGUCGUCCCUCCAGCGCCUGGUGGAGGACCUUCGCUCUCAGCUGUCCCGCUCUCAGGCGGUGAUCCGCGGCCUCCAGAACCGCCUGCGCUCCCUCUCCACCUCCGGCGACGACCCACCCUCCACACCUCGCAAGGUCAACUGGUGCUUCCAGGCCUCGCCCUCACAGAGCGGCACGGAGGACGACGAGGGCUGGCAGUCGUCCGACGGGGGUCCGCUGGCUUCGCCUCGUCAGCCUCACCCAGACAAGGGUCUCCAGGAGCUGGAGUCCAGAGUGGACGCUCUGGAGAACCAGCUGAGGAAAGGAGGCAAGAAGUCCAUCGAGCAGGAUGGAAAAUCUGCCACGUGGCCGGGUAAGUUCGACACUCUGAUCCAGGCUCAGGCCAGAGAGCUGUCUCACCUCCGUCAGCGGCUGAGGGAGGGUCGUGGCGUCUGCAACAUCCUGACGCAGCAUCUGGGCGACACCACCAAGGCCUUCGAGGAGCUGCUGAGAGCCACCGACAUCGACUACUACAUGGGCCAGAGCUUCAGGGAGCAGCUGGCUCAGAGCAGCGCUCUGGCACAAAGAGUCGGAGACAAGAUCAGCGGACGAGAUCAUCCUGAAGACCCAGAUGAGAAGACGGAGCUGCUCGCCAUCCGUUUUCAUCAUCGAAGGCAGAAACAUCCUGAUACAGACUGAACAUGAAUCACGAUCACAACCGACAGAACAGACAAGAUCAAU